GAGAGCACUCCCAGACUUUACAGCGGGUGAUCGUCAGUGUCCCUCGAAAGUUACGGCAUCUGCAAUCUUCACAUUAUGCUUAGUACAAAAAUUUCCACAUUUGCUAGAUGCAGAGUUCAAAACUACUUUAUCAGAAGUACCUUGCAUACAUCAGGCGCAGCAAGCGCUAAAGUUGCCGUGGUACUUUCAGGAUGUGGCGUUUAUGACGGAAGCGAAGUUCAUGAAGCGUCUGCGGUGCUGGUGCACCUGAGCCGCAAAAAUGCACGGGUGUCCAUGUUUGCACCAAACAUAAACCAGAUGCACACCAUUGACCACAUUAAGGGUGAACCCACAGAACCCAACAGAAAUGUUCUUGUCGAGUCUGCCCGUAUCGCUCGUGGGCAAAUAGAAGAUCUUUCAAAACUCAAAGCCAAAGACUUCGAUGCCAUAAUUUUUCCUGGAGGAUUUGGUGCAGCAAAGAAUUUAUCCACAUUUGCUGUUGAUGGUACCAGCAUGAGUGUCAAUGCAGACGUGGAGCGGGUUUUGAAGGAUUUUCAUGGUGCCAGAAAGCCUAUUGGGUUGAUUUGCAUCGCCCCUGUCUUAGGAGCCAAAUUGUUUCCUGGUUGUGAGGUGACUGUAGGAUCUGAUGUAGAGGAAGGAGAUAAAUGGCCUAAUGUUGGGGCUGCUAAGGCGAUACAGGCAAUGAAGGCCAAACAUGUUAAGAAAGAUGUGACAGAAUGUCACGUGGAUGCCAUGAAUAAAAUUGUGACCACACCAGCUUUCAUGUGCAACACAGCCAUCCACAAAAUCUUUGAUGGUAUCGGCGUCCUUGUCAAUACUGUUCUUAAACUAAGUCAAUCAUAAGAGCAAAUGAGCAGGACUACUUCUAAUGAUUUCUUAUGUCAGUGUCACAUUCGACUGAUCCUUGAUUAUAUAAGGAUAUUCUACAGAACUGUGUGGUGUAAAAUUAGAGAUUUUUUUCUUUUAAGAGUUGGUUACUUUUGUAUCUCAAGAUUCAUAAUGCUGGAAACAAGGAUUGAAGCAGAAAAAUGUACUUUUUUUAAUUCUUAUUUUAAUAGUGGCAUCUUAUUUUCAUUCUUCACUAAGAUCAGCAUAGUCCAAGAGACUAUGUUCUUAUAAAGCUUCAACAUUUUAGCUGUUCUGUUCUAAUAAGAAACAAAAACACCUGGGGCUAAAAUGUGAGAUAGAUCCAGCUUUUUGAUUUUUGGGCUUUGUUGCUGUUUUUUGAAAGUGUGUGAAAUAAAGGUAAGAGUUUAAAUGAAACAUGAAUGCAAGAAUAAAUAAACAAAACCUUC